AAGAGUCAUGCUUAACUUCAGGUUAUCGAGUAAUUGAAGUCCCUUUAGCUGAGCAAUUCUUGCUUAUAAGAACGCCAUUGGCCGUUUGAGACGACGUCAUGUACCAAUCACCAGACGAUAACACGCCUUACAGCACGCUUGAGGUCUCUACGCGAGAUCCGGAGACAUUUCAAAAGGAGGUGAUACAACAUCCCGACUACAACUAUCCGCAAGCUGUCCCAGUCGAGCACGCAACCGCGGGAGCUGCGCAGUCAUAUUAUGGUUCCGAGUCCGCGAAAGAAGUCGUAAACCCGUCAUAUAACUUACAUCCCGGCGUCAUUCCCGGUCCUUAUAAAGAUCCCAACGUAGCAGCAGCAGCAUACCCUAUCGGCGCAGGCUACCCCCCGAGCACGAUUUAUUCCGAUGGAUCAGCGUAUCCUAAUAGCGCGUAUCCUACCAGCGUAGGUGACCCGAUAAACUCUUCUGCCUAUGGACCCGGACCCUUAAGCGCAGCCGAAUUCGGCGGCGAACAACCCCCUAUAGAGAAGGGAGCUCCGGCAAAGACGAUAUGGGGCCUUUCAAGGAAAGCAUUCUUUAUAAUCAUAGGAGUAAUGAUUGUUAUCAUUAUUGCACUGGUAGCAGGAUUGGCGGCCGGUUUGUCUAGUAAAAAUCAUGCAUCAGAGGCAGCAGCUCCUGCGGAGUCGUCAGGGCCAGAAUCGAGUAAUGGAAAUCUGCCGUCGAAUUCGACAGACGGACCGCUCAUACUCGCCAAUUCGAAAAUAACCGCUUCUAACUGGACGGAUCCUAAUGGGGUCGUUCACAGGACUAUAUUUUUCCAGGAUGCGUAUAACUCGAUUAUCGCUCGUCGGUGGGACUCGAAAAAUAAAUCGUGGAAGACGAAUAACCUGACCGAGCUGAUGGCUGCGACGACGACACCUCUCAACCCGCAGCCGGGGACGCCGUUAGCCAGCGCGUCCAUGGACUAUAAACAGACGUUCGAAACGCAUGUAUGGUUCACGGACCCGGGCAACGUUAUACGAUCCAUGGCCUCCUUCGAUGCGCUGAACCGACCCGACAGCUGGGAUAAUGAUACGCUCGACGGGGCAAGGUUAGAAACGUGGCCUGGAGGCCAGUUAGCCGCUAUGUGGCAACGCUGUUGGGGUGCAGACUGUGCGGGCACUUGGAUUGUCGCCUACCAGCGACCGGAGGGAGCAAUAAAAACGGCCAACUCGAGCACUUGGGGUACUGCGACUGUGGCGGUCGAGUCCAAAGAUGUUGCUGCGAAUUCCAGCUUGGCCAUUAUCCCCAAGCUGCGCGGGUCAUGGCUAGACCGUCUGGAACUCGUUUCCGAAAAGGUAUCAUCGGGCAAGACAGGAAGUAUGAGAAUGACAUCGUACGACGACACGUGGAAUAAUGCUGAUCAACGAGUGACCGAACUUCAAACUGACAUACCACUCCCCGCGCCGUCUCAACAGUUCGCUGCUACCAGAUGGGACCAUUGGAACCAGGCCCUGUAUCUCGGGCUCCUUUCUAACGGCAAGACUGAAGGCAGCUACUGGGACGGUAAAAAGAUGAACUCGAUUUCGAGUUUCCAGUUCAAAUCCGGACCGGAGACUAACUUUACGGCCAUCGCAAUGACGCCAGAUGCCAUGUUUUACGGCAUCUCUAACAACGAGAUCUUGGAGUACUCGCUCGACACGUCGGAUCCGUCAAACUUCAACUACGUGGGAAGAGUAUACCCGUGACACAUACUCGGGCGACUAUUUAUAGGUACUUCCUUAUUUAUCGAAACUGUAAACGGGAUAUUCAGGGUUAGGAGGCCGGGAUUUUGAAGCGUUACAAGGGAGGGAGGGUCCAGGGAGUUGGGAGGAAAUAUAUGUCUGCGUACUAACGAGUUACCAAGUAACACCUAUUUUUAUUCUUACAUCAAAUAGCCACAUACCAUAUUGAAACAGGGCGGCCUUUUUCGAGCGAAAAUUAAGCUGAGCUCGUCAUAGACUCACUUCAUGCGUCUCUGCAAAUCUUACAAUGCGAUUUUACUUGUAUAUUAGAUACCUUGCAUGCUAUGUAAAGAAUCAAGAUAUCUUCACAAUAGAAAGCAGUUAUGAAAAUACCAAUCUUGAUCCAUCGUCCAUCUUUGCCCUAGAUUGAACGUCGAC